AUGAGCAGUACGUUGUUUAUUCUCCUUUUUGGUUUUUAUAGGCGAAGAACCUUGGUGGCAAUUGGUACCCAUGACCUAGAUACAAUUGAAGGACCAUUCACAUAUGAGGCUUUGCCUCCUGCAGAAAUAAAUUUUGUGCCAUUGAAGCAGACCAGAAACUUCAGAGCUGAUGAGCUGAUGGAAUUUUACAAAUCGGAUUUGAAGCUGAAGAAGUUUCUACACAUAAUCGAGAAUUCACCCGUGUACCCUGUUAUAUAUGAUUGUAAAAGGACUGUUUUGUCUUUACCCCCCAUCAUUAAUGGUGCACAUUCAGCCAUUUCACUGAAAACAAAGAACGUGUUUAUAGAAUGUACAGCCACAGAUUUGACGAAGGCCAACAUUGUUCUGAACACGAUGGUAACUAUGUUUUCAGUGUACUGUGAGCGGAAGUUUGAAGUUGAACCAGUUAAAGUUACAUAUCCUGAUGGAAAAUCGUAUGUUUGUCCCGAUCUUUCAAUCUACAACAUGAAUGUGCCUUUGUCUUACAUUACUGGCAUCAUUGGAGUUCAAUUGCCAGAGGAUAAGGUGGCUAGUUUGUUGCAUAAAAUGCAAUUGCGUGCAGAGAAAUCUGUAUCAGAAGAUAAAGAAGUCAAGUUUGUUGUAUCUGUUCCCCCCACAAGAAGUGACGUUCUUCAUCCAUGUGAUGUAGCGGAGGAUGUUGCAAUUGCUUAUGGCUACAAUGAGAUCCCAAAGAGAAAACCUGCAUCUUUGAAUCCUUUACCUCUCAGUCAAUUCAGUGAUCUUAUUCGUACAGAGAUUGCAAUGACUGGUUAUACUGAGGUGUUAACAUGGAUCUUGUGUUCCAAGAAAGAAAUUUUCUCCAUGUUGAACCGUGAAGAGGAUAACUCUGCUGUGACCAUUGCUGAUUCUCGUACGUCUGAAUUUGAGGUUGUUCGGCCUUCUCUGAUGCCUGGACUAUUGAGAACUGUGGGGCAUAAUAAGGACCAUCCAAAGCCUAUAAAGAUUUUUGAAGUUGGUGAUAUAGUCCUCUUAGAUGACACAAAUGAUGUUGGUGCAGUAAACCGUCGCCACCUUGCUGCUCUGUAUUGUGGAGCAAACUCAGGAUUUGAGCUAAUACAUGGUCUAGUUGACAAAAUCAUGGAAGCAACUGGUACUAAUUUUGUAUCACCUGGAAACAGUACAGGCUACUACAUAGAAAAAUCAGAGGAGCCUGCAUUUCUUCAGGGAAGACAAGCUAGCGUUAUUUAUGGAGGAAAGCGAAUUGGAACAUUCGGCAUUGUGCACCCUAAGGUCCUCAAGGAGUAUGACAUUCCAGAUGUCUGCUCCUUUCUGGAGCUUGACAUGCAGAGUUGCCUAUAGCCAGAGCAUCAUCUACCAUGCCUUUUUCUUCCUGGGAAUCCUUUGUCGCGUUGGUUCCAUGAAGUAUUUAUAAAUUCGUUUAACAAACUGUGCUGCUUUUGAUGUCUCGGGGCCCUGAGCUGUUCGAUUAUGGUGACAAUUUUGAUAAAUGUCUCUAUGUAUUGAUCUAUACUUUGUAAUUGAGGAAGAAAGAUGAUCCAACAUUCAUUUGGUUCACUUGCUGUUUGACAGGAAACCCUCCCCUCCAGGCAAUAUGUUUAAUAUCAACAUUGAGAUUAUCAUUGUCUGUUAGCUUAGUUAAUUCUCUUUUUUUGAGCAAACAUAAGUUUUUUUUUUUU